UAUGUUGGCUACCAUGAAUGUCGGUAAAGUAGUUUGAGCGGAUGCACAAUUUGUUUUGACGUUGGUAACUUCCUUCUAGUCUUUUAGUUGUUUCAUCCAGAAUGGGUAUCAGCCGAGAUCACUGGCAUAAACGAAGAUCAACCGGAGGCAAAAGGAAGCCUCUGCGUAAGAAGAGGAAGUUUGAAUUAGGUCGCCCCGCAGCUAGUACUAAACUAGGACCUCGCAGGAUCCACUAUGUUCGUACCAGAGGUGGUAAUUUGAAAUAUAGGGCUCUAAGGCUCGACACUGGAAAUUUUGCCUGGGGUAGUGAAGGAACUGCGAGAAAAACCCGUAUUAUUGAUGUUGUCUACAAUGCUAGCAACAAUGAGUUGGUGCGUACCAAAACAUUAGUGAAGAAUGCAAUAGUUGUUGUAGAUGCCACUCCAUUCAGAAUGUGGUAUGAGAAUCAUUACAUCCUGCCUUUGGGUCGCAAGAAGGGAGCCAAACUGACUGCCGAAGAAGAGGCUCUUUUAGCGAAGAAACGUAGUAAGAAAGUACAAAAGAAGUACGAAACUCGUCAGAAGACUUCUAAAGUAGAACCUGCUAUCGAAGAGCAAUUCACAACUGGAAGGUUGUUGGCUUGCUUGGCGUCUCGACCAGGACAGUGUGGAAGGGCAGAUGGCUACAUUUUAGAAGGAAAAGAAUUAGAGUUCUACAUCAGGAAAAUUAAAUCUAAGAAAGCAAAGUAAAUUGUUAUGAGGUGACAAUAAAAGGUUGACGUCUAUA